AUGGCUCUAAAAGAAGUGGAGCUUUUUGAAAAUAAACUCUCUGGCUCAAUUCCUCCUCCUCUUGGAAGUUUGAAAGGUCUCACUCAUUUAGGUCUAUUUAACAAUUAUCUCUCUGGCACAGUGCCUGAUGAAUUGGUCAACCUAACAAAUUUAAUUGAUUUACAAUUGGAAAAUAAUAGCCUUUCUGGGUUUGGCCGGCUUGAAAGAAACCGAUUCACUGGAGAUAUCUCUCAAAGCUUUGGUGUUCAUCCGCAUUUAAAUUAUAUUGAUCUCAGCUUUAAUAGAUUGAUUGGCACUUUAUCACCAUCUUGGGGAGCAUGUCUCAAUUUGACAAGUCUUAAGAUCAGUGGUAAUAAGAUCAAUGGUUCAAUACCUAGUGAAAUAAGUCUUUUACCAAAGCUACAGUUACUUGACAUCUCUUCCAAUAAUCUGAUUGGAAAGAUUCCAAGGGAGUUUAGCAGGCUAUCUAAUAUAUAUCUCUUGAAUAUGAGCAACAAUAUUCAUCUCUCAGGAACAAUACCAACUGAAAUAGGUGACCUACAUUCAUUAGAAAUUCUAGAUCUGUCAAGUAAUUACUUCAGUGGAGAAAUUCCAAUGCAAAUGGAGAAUUGUCAUAAAUUGCGCUCAUUGAAGCUGAGUGAUAAUAAUUUGAAUGGAACCAUCUCUGUUCAACUCGGUAAUCUAAACUUGAACGAUGUUCUAGAUUUGAGUGAUAAUUUAUUCUCAGGAGAGAUACCAUCACAACUCUGCAAAUUAAUAGAAUUACAAAAGUUGAAUCUAUCACACAAUCAGUUGAUUGGUGGCGUUCCAUCUUCAUUUCAAUAUAUGAUAACCGUUUCUUUCAUAAAGCUCCAAUUUAGUGGUUUAUUCACAACAAAGGUUUAUGUGGCCAAUUUGCUCUGUAACAAACAGCCACCACGAGAGAAAUUUACUACAAAUAACUCUGUUGAAGAAUUUGAUGGCCAUUUCAAGUCAAUUUGGAGUGUCAGUAAUGGCAAAGAAGCAUACCAAGAAAUCAUUCAAGCAACCGAAAAUUUUCAUAAUAAGUAUCAAAUCGGUGUCGGAGCUUGCAGCAUAGUUUAUAAAGCUACAUUAUCAUCUGGAGGGACACUAGCAAUCAAGAAUUCAAGAAGAAGAAGGCCAAGAGAAUGA